CACCUCACUCAGAGGCCAACCAAAGCCUUGAUCAUAUCGGCCUACCCUCACAUCGCUUCUCUCCAUCUGUAGAGCCGACGGUACAGCCAUGAGCUCCUCUCAGGUGUCCGCAACGAGCAACGGCGCCUCGACUCCCGUGAUCCAGCACGCUCUCCCAUCCUUCAGCGCACCCCGCGAUCCGUCCACCUCCAACCUCGUCACACCCUACUGCCUCGCCCUCUCUCUUCCUCACCCACCCAAUGCAGACCCCUUCAUAGACGCCCUUCCCUACCAGCUUCUCCUCGCCGAGAUGCCCUCGGCUCUGCGCCAUUCCAGCCGGAGAGCGAUCAAGCGGCGGAGGAGAUUGAUGGAGGAGGUGGAAGAGGCUGGUUUGGUCGUAGAGGGCUCGAAUGGAGCUGCGAGGAGGGAGGACAAGGAGGAGGAGAGGGAAUUGGAAGCCAGGCUGGAGCAGGUGGGAGCCUUGGUAGGAGCAAACCUGGCCGAGAGACUGUCCCGCGAUCGUCCACCACUAGCCACGACUUUAGACGUCCUCAAGUUCGUCUGCAAAGACUUCUGGACAGCGAUAUGGGAGAAGCAAGUCGAUGGACUCAGAACCAAUCACAGAGGCGUGUAUGUGCUUACAGAUCAAGCCUUCAAGCCCCUGGCCCGCAUUGCAACUUCGGAAGGAUCAGCGAUGACAGCAAGAGUGGCCAAGCUACAUCUUCCACACUCGGUCGGGCUGCUGAGGGGAGCUUUGGGUAGAUUGGGAGUCAAUGCGACAGUAGUAGCAGAGAGCGCCAUUGCCCAGGGAGCAAAGGGCGCUUCGGAGACGGCAUCGACAGCUGGAGGACAGGCUGCGAUCACUUUCCAUGUCAGGACAGCGACAGCUGCUGCGCCCCCUCUCACGACUACAUGAGCAGUAUACACGGAAGAAUGCAGACCAUUUCAUACCC